UAGGCAUAGCCCUCCACAGUGCACACAGAGUAUAGCAGUAACCAAUUAAUCAACCUAGCUUAAUUACAUAGACGAGCUAGCUUAGCACACAUGGCGUCUUCAACCUCGAGCUCGCUCGCCGUGGCAACAAUGGUGGCCGUCGUCCUCCUCCUGGGUGCCACCACCCAGGCGGCGCGCCUCCUCGACGAACUCGUCCCCGGCAUUCCGAUGCCGACGAUCCCCGGUGUACCGGCGGUCGGCCCCACCAUCCCGGCCAUCCCGACGAUCCCCGGCGUUCCGGCGGUCGGCCCCACCAUCCCGACCAUCCCCACCGUUCCGACGAUCCCCGGAGUUCCGGCGGUCGGUCCCACCAUCCCGGCCAUCCCGACGAUCCCCGGCGUGCCGGCGGUCGGCCCCACCAUCCCGACCAUCCCGACCAUCCCGACGAUCCCCGGCGUGCCGGCGGUCGGUUCCACCAUUCCGACCAUCCCGACGAUCCCCGGCGUGCCGGCGGUCGGCCCGACUAUCCCGACCAUCCCCGGCGUGCCGACGAUCCCGACGGUGCCGGGAGUGCCGGAGCUGCCGGUAAAUCCCGGAGGCGUGGUGCCGACGAUCCCGAAGGUGCCAUUGCCGCCGGUGAAUCCCGGAGCCGUCGUGCCCGCCGUGCCAGCUCUGCCGGUGCCGCCGAUCCCCGGAGCCGCGGGGGGUGUCGUGCCGACCCUGCCGGUGCCGCCGUUGCCCGCCGUGCCGGGAGUCCCGCUGCCGGAGGUGCCCGGCGUCCCUCUGCCGCCGGUGCCGUCCGUCGUCCCGCCCGUGCCUUAGGUCAACUCCGGCGAGCCCCGUGCCGUCGUUAAUUAAUUACUCCGGCCAGCUGACGUGUACGUGGCAUUGACCGUGUGCGCCAUGCAUUGGCCGCCGGCGCCGGCAGCCAUCUACAGAUUAAUUACGUACGUGUGUUAAGUAGUAAGUACUUCCUCCGUUUCACAAUAUAAAUCAUUCUAGCAUUUUUCAUAUUCAUAUUGAUGUUAAAGAAUCUAGAUAAAUAUAUAUGUGGGAAAUGCUAAAAUGACUUACAUUGUAAAACAGAGAGAGUACAAAUUAAGAUGACUUGCAUGUACGUUGUUACGUCAAGUUGGUAUAGUAUUUGUGUAAUGAACGUGUGUGUGUGCAGACCAGGUGCAGUAUGUGUUUGUGGCGAGUGGCGACAAAUGCGUCACGCUCUGUAUACGUACGUGUGCAAAAGCUUAACGUGUUGCUUAAAUUAUACGUGUCAUGUUAACAAAUAUAUAUUUCUAUCACCGUUUUAAUUGUGUA